CCUCUGUCUAUCUGUCUAUCCGAGAAGACAGAAUUAAAACAAGGUAUAGCAGGAGGGGAAAAAACUUUGUUAACAGUGUUGGUCACGUCCCGUGGAAGUCAAUUUGCCAUGGCAAGGGAGUGAACCCAUCAGUUUCACUAACUUCUGCUCAGCAGUCAAGGAUAUGCACGCGCGCUCCUCUCCAAGUGAAUUCUACGGAUUUAACGGCAGACGAUAUUAGAAUAAUUCUGUUCAUGGUGCCAUUGCUUAACAGUUUAAAUUUUUCAAUAAACAUCAUUUGGAUUCGAUCACCUAUUGGAUGAUAAUGGUUACUGUAUAAACCAUGGAUUUGUUUCCAUGGUAACAUAUCCAUAAACAAGUUCACUUCUGCUGUUUUUCGAAGACUUCAUACAUAUAAAACUAAAUAGCCCAGGAUAUACUAUUUGUAACCUUCGCUUGCCCGAGUCCAGGGCUGAGUGUCAACAGUUCCAUCCUGGACACUCUAACACUUCACGCGGGUCUUCCGCUGGACUUCGGUCACUCCGCUGUCAUGGAGCACCAGACAUACGGUGAAGUCAACCAGCUCGGGGGCGUCUUCGUCAACGGGAGGCCGCUCCCCAACGCCAUUAGACUGAGGAUCGUCGAGCUGGCCCAGUUAGGGGUUCGCCCCUGUGACAUCAGCCGACAGCUCCGUGUCUCUCAUGGGUGUGUCUCCAAGAUACUGGCCCGAUACAACGAGACGGGGUCUAUCCUGCCGGGCGCCAUAGGGGGAUCCAAACCCCGGGUGACGACCCCAAACGUGGUGAAGCACAUCAAGGUUUAUAAGGAGAGGGAUCCUGGGAUCUUCGCCUGGGAAAUAAGAGACAAACUUCUGGCCGAUGGGGUCUGUGACAAAUACAAUGUCCCAUCCGUCAGCUCUAUAAGCAGGAUUUUAAGGAACAAAAUAGGACCUGGCGCUCAUUCUCCGAUCUCAGGAAAUGGCGUUGGGGGCUCCAGCCCUGUCCAAUCUUCGCAGUUUGAGAAGCCCUCACCACCCCCGUGCCAUCCACACCACCAUACAUCCUCUCAGCCCCUUCACGGACAGAAUCACCACGGGGCGCUCUACAACCCCCAGUUCUACCCUUACUCCUGUGCUCCGACGCCACCCAUGCCGCCAGCGAUGGCCCACCCUCAGAUGAUGGCCCACAAUCCGCACCAUCCUGCAGGGAUGCCACCAGGGAUGAGCUUUCAAAUGCCCACUGCCAUGGCCCCGCACCACAAGCCGCCGCCAGGGGGCUGCGCCUCCCCCUGCAUGAUGCGAGCCUGGCCUUCGUCCCACUCCGUUCAUGACAUCCUGGGCUUCCACAGAUCGCCCCACGCCAUGGGCGGGCAGCACAUGCCCAUGUCGCCUGACGGCAUGAUGCCCAACGCCAUAUCCUCACAGCCCUAUAACAUGGGCAACUAUUAUAUGAAAACAUCUAUGUCUCCCAUGUAUCUGCAAAGCUGAUGAUGUGUUUUGGGGCAAUCGCUCACGAAACAAAUUUAUUCAUACUAAACAAAACUAAAUAUUUAACAUAAAACUAAUGUAAUAAAUAUUUUAAAAAGCAAAAUACUUUUAUUGAGCACAUGAAAUCAGAAAACAACAAAAAGUUAGCUCUAAGCACUUAAAGAAAAGAAAAUGGAGUCAAAAACUAUAUUUGGCUAGUUGACCUAUGCACAUGUGACCUUUAUGGGAAGCCUUAGUUGUAAAUGUUGAAUGAUUGAACAAUGUAAUCAGCACAUUGCUAUAUUUUGUUCUAAACAAAGGAUUGCAAUAGUCAGACAAGAGAUAAAAAAUAACAUAAAACUACCUUAAAAAGCGUGGCUAGUUUCUCCACAUCUCUCCAGGCACACCUUGAGUCGUCUGCUCCAUACCAUGCUCAUCAUGUGAGGAGAGUAACAUAAGUCAUUCACUUUAAAAACUUUAAAAUAAAUGGACUGUAGUUGUUUUUUUUAACCCUUAAACUGCUGAGCUGUUUUACUGUGAGUGCAUACCAAAUGGAAUUACAAUGCUGAUAUUUAGAGGCUAAACUACCACCCGCUUUUUAAGUGUUAAGGAAUUCUGAAAUGAAAAAAAAAACUUUUAGUGUAAACUCUGAUGAGUCUUGAUGUAGUUACUUCCGGUCUAUGUCAUUCCGCUUUCAACUUGAAUAUCUGGUAACUGUGUAAUAAUGACAUCAGGUUAGGUCGUGUUGGCAUACCCAUUGACAAGUGAUGACGUCUAGCUAUGAUGUCACUAGUGAUGUCACAUCUAGACAAGUUAGGGCAUCCAGCGAUGUCACCCGUGAUGGCAUACCCAUUGUCAAGUGAUGACGUCUAGCUAUGAUGUCACUAGUGAUGACACAUCUAGACAUGUUAGGGCAUCCAGCGAUGUCACCCGUGAUGGCAUACCCAUUGUCAAGUGAAGACGUCUAGCUAUGAUGUCACUAGUGAUGACACAUCUAGACAAGUUAUGGCAUCCAGCGAUGUCACCCGUGAUGGCAUUCCUAUUGUCAAGUGAUGACAUCUAGCUAUGAUGUCACUUGAGAUGACACAUCUAGUCAUGUGAUGGCAUUAAACUAGCAUGUCACUCGCGAUGACAUUUUAAACAAACGUUAAAAUUACUGUAGGUCAAGUGGUCAAGUCGGAUCAUAUGUGGGUCAAGUCCAGACUCAGAAAGUGUGACAAUAUGGUGACAAUCGAAUCAUACUCAUAUUGAAUCAGAAAAAAAAAAUUUAACACUUUGGCUUCUAGCAUAAACUUUUGUUUUAACUCUUUGGCUUCUAGCAUAAACUUUUUUUAAAACUCUUUGGCUUCUAGCAUAAACGUUUUUUUAUCAUCUAGUUGACAACGGUGACCUUUCAAUCUGGCGUCCUUGACAUUUUUGUUUCCAGACGUCAAUUUGUAACAAAAUCUCUCAUGAUCUACCUGUCUUCUUUUCUUUACGUUUUUCUGUAAAUUCCAUUAUAAAGUCACAACAUUUCUUCAUAUCCUUUUUUUCUUCUCUCUUUUACUCUAUUUGUUUGCUUAAAGAACGAAAAUAGGACCUUAAACGUCUACGUGUAAGCAAGGGGAAGAUUACUCUGAUUAUUUUUAGUGUAAAAAAACAUCUCUUAACCUAUAAUUGUUUGUAUUUGUUCACAAAUGGGAACAUUGAACAAAAUCACUUGUAACAGAAAAAAAAAAAAAACACAUCUUUAAUGCAGUUUUUGUCUAUGUCUAUGGAAAGUAAAGAUUGAUAGAUAUUUUAAAAAUAUUUUUAUAGAUAUUUUAAGAAAAUCAGAGAUACUUCUAAAGACAUUUCGAGUAUCUCUCAGAAAACUAUUUUGGAAUCCAAAACUGUGUAUGAUUGAAAUAAUUCCAGACCAAUAAGUCUACUUGUUCAUUGAGCUAAAUUUUCGUAAUUUAAGUCAAGUUGUCAAUUAAGAUAUCAAUCAUACUUGUUGUAUAAGUCAAGCUAUCAAUUAGGAUUGUUGUGUUGCUUUAAAUAUUGGAGAAAAUUUUUUAGAACAUCUUCAAUUGUUUUGACUUUGAGAUCACUCUGGCUUGGCAGCUAUUGUUCCAGAAUGCCUCUUGUUGAUGCCUUCAACCGGUUCCUGCCACAAUGUCUUCUGUCAAGGCCUUCUGUCUAUGUUGUUUUUUUUUAUCAGUAUAUAACAUCUUCAAUUGUUUUGACUUUGAGAUCACAGAGUCACUCUGGCUUGGCAGCUACUGUUCCAGAAUGACUCUUGCUGAUGCCUUGAACCGGUUCCUUCCACAAUGUCUUCUGUCAAGGCCUUCUAUGUUAUUUUUUUGAUCAGUAUAUUGUAGCAUCCUCGGUUCAAUCAAUGCCUUUUGUCGGUGCCUUAUAUAAGGGACUUUAGUCGGUACAUCAAAUUCCUUUUUAACAAAUGUUGCCAUUGUGUUUUUUCCUAAUUACUGUAAACCCUUUAAAUGUUGACCAGUAUUAUCUAAAAUAAAUAUUAUUACAUGACAUCAUUGCUCAUGAUUUGUACAUAUUUUAAAAUGUAUUUUCUUUAUUAUGAUAAAACGUUAAUGUUGACAAAUAAAUGUACAAUAAACAUGGAUGGCUUGCUUAAGGAAAUGUAACUCUCAAUGUAUCGUCAUUGAUGAGUUGCUAUGGAGUUUAUAUAGGCAAAAUUUAUUCACCUAAAAUGUGCCUCAGACUGUGGGUAAUAUAUCGUCAUUUGAAGUAUGACAGAUCGAGUGUGUGGAUGUUUGAAUAUUUUACUUCAUUUUUAUGUGUCAUUGAUAUCAACAAGCAAGUACGUUUCUAU